ACAAAAAUGACAGCUCCCAUGGAUACAUUUUCUUUUCCUCCAAGCUUUGACAUAAAAAGCCUUCCAUCCUUGGAGAAGAAAGUAUGUGUUGUAACUAUCAUAGGCAAGAACCGUCUAAGUGGAUUUACUACAAAAGCAUCCAUUUUGAAUCCAGUUCUUGACAGAGAUGUUUUUCUUGGUUCUGAAAGUUGUGUUGGAAAGCAGAUAGACAGGGGUGAAAUAGAAUGUUACUAUGACACAGAUGCCCAGGUGAUCUACUUACAUUACCAGUCACUCUCAGAUGCCAGCAAGCUUGCCAGCAAGUGUAAACAACUUGUUGAUAAAUCAAUGGACUUGAUUUCCUUGUGGCAAGAUGAAGACUUCAUGUAUGCUAAAAGCUUGUUAUUUCUGUUCUGUGUAUCUCAUAUUGUUUUGCUGUCACAUCCUGGUAGUACUUUUGAUAUUUCUUACGUAAAGCUGUUUAGGACACUGGAUACUGUUAGGUCCAAGUUACAACCCUUCAUGACCGAUGCCCUGCAUGGUCUUCCAAUCCCCAAAGACUGGCUGGAAGGAGCCCGCCCCUGCUCCCCCCGAGUUCUGUUUAUCUUCGGCACACCUACAGUGGAUGUUGGCUAUGAUGAUGGUGAAUCUCUUGGACUCAGUCGGUCACGGUCACAGAGGACACCACCUAUCAAAAAACUGCAACACAACAUUGAAGAUCAAAUCUACCGCAUAUUUCGAAAGUCUCGAAUCAUAACCAACAUCAGCAAUAAUUCCCUGUUUGCCGUCCCGGCCAAUCAAGAGUUUGUUUUCGUAAACUGCCGGAGUUCAGAGGUUGCUGAUCCUGUGGGAAUGUAUCUUCAGCAGCUGAAGAGUUACAGUGUCAGUGGCAAAGACUCAGAAUCUCCCAAAAGCAGAAGUUAUCUGACAAACCGGAGAUUCAAUCAUGGGGUAGGAUCUGGAGAUGGGCCAAGGUCGCCCAUUUCUUCAAGGUCAUCUGAGCAGAGUUUCAAAGAGUUUCUGCUUCAGCACAUUGAGCUGGCCUUCGUUAAGGGGUUCGAUGACAAUGUGGGAAGAAAUCCUCUUCGUUCAGUCUUUGAGAUGGUGUCAUGUGAGGUGUGGUUCUCAGUGGCCACGACUCUACACAAGUUCUUCUUCACAGACACUCCAGAGGUCAAAGUUCAAACCCAUUUUAAUUUACUUGGAUCUCUGAUCAGUACAGAUGUCCGUUUUUCAGAAAAUCGCUGCAACAAGAUUCUACCUCUGGCUGAAAAUGCCUAUCAGCAGGAUUUGCCACAGCAUUAUAUCACCGAAUAUCAUUACUCAAAGCUAGCCCAGGCUAAGCGUGUGUUUGCUCAGUUUGCGCGAGGUCCGGCAUAUGAGAAGUACCUGAAGCAGCUGGAAGAGUCGUGUGAGGAAUGGUGGAAGUCAGGUCACCGGCAGUGUGAGGAGACCAGUCUCACGGGCAACCUCUGUCUUAACCAUUUGCAUCGCUUACCUGAAGAUGGUGAAAAUGAUGAAAACAACCACCUUCCGGUGAUGACUCACUCUAGUCAGAUCAAAACUAAAGCAGCCUGUAACUGUGGACAGAAGCAAGCCGAUAAAGAUGACCCAUUUGAUCACAAGUAUGCUAAUUUUGGUUUCUACCAGACACUAGAGGAGUCAUGCUGUGGGAAGCUGAAGCAUGUUGAGUUUCCCGUUUUUAACCCGAGCACCAGCGACGUGAGAGCUGGACAAGUGUCCUCGACACCACACACAAAACUAUCAGCAAGGGACAGCGGCAAGUUGGAUAUGACCGCCCCCAUCACGUCCAGCCUCAGUUUGGCACUCAGUCUAGGUCAGUCUGGCGGCAGUGACCUCUAUGGACAUAGAAGUCCGAGUAGUCCGAAUCCAGAACAGAGUGAGAUGCUAGAAACCAGCCAAACAGCCACAGUUACCGAAUCAGUUAUAUCGGACACAGAGAUCCACCAUUCAGCAUUCCGUCAGCACUCUACAACGGAGUACCUGCCCGGUAUGAUUCACUCAGAAUCACCUGGAGGUCUUCUACCACUGUUUCCAUCGUGGUCUUUAUGCUGCAUAGGGAAGUCAACUCUGUAUUCACACAUACAUGGUUUUGAUUUACCAGGAUUUUUGGCUGGCAGUAAUUUCUUGUUACCAUGGGAUAUUACACUGCAAGCUGUGAAAGAAAAAUGGCCGACAGUUGGGGAGACAGCCGGUAAAAAGGGACGACAACGAAGAGUUCCCCAAAAAGAAAUUGGUGAAGUGACAGUUCGAGCAUUUCUAGGAAUGGAGUACGAAUGUCCUCGAGGUCACAGGUUCUUCUGUAGUGGUCCCGAAAAGAUCAUCAAGGUGUCCAGUGCCAGCACCGUCAAGGACAAUGCCACGAAGCUCUUAUCGUUGGAUAUGCCACUAUACUGUCCGUGUCAUUGCAGAAGCACAAAAGGCUACAUUGCACAGUUGAUGCGUGUUUACAUAGUAACUCCAGAGAGUUCGGUGAAGAUUAUGCUGAAGCCCGUCGUCCAGCCAUCCAUAUCGUCGAGUCCUCUGUUUGAACCAGGGAACGAUGGUCCCCUUGAACUCUCACAGGGAAGUGUGUGGGUGCUCAGGUUGCCUCAUGUGUAUCUGGGUGACAAUGGCGUGUACACAAUGCCAACUGACCCACAGCAUCUGCAUGCCUGUCGUCUCCUCAAAGGAAUGUUCUCAUACAAAGAAGCUUGAACAAAGACUGACAAAAUGAUGCAGGAACCAUAGAAGCUGAGGAAGUUCUUGGCACCUCUGCACCCAGUUGAAAGUCUAAAAGACCGGUUCAUGAGUGCAUGCCAUCACAACUGUCUAAAUAUCCACAGAGCUUUGUCUAGUAUUGGUUUAGACGUGUCAAACCCGUCUUUCUAAUGACGAAGUAUGAUUAUUAUCCUAUGGAGUGGAAGUAUAGAGUGGAAGUCCUUCUAUAGAUGAAGCACCUAACAAACAUCCUUUAGACCCUGCUUUGGGCAGAAAUAUAAUUUGGAAUUUGUUGAUAGUUUUUUAAUUCAGAUUAUAUGGUUAAGAAUAUACCCAAGUCUAUCUUCAAAAAGAAAACAUCUGUGAAACUAUCAUUACUCCAUUUAUGACUCCACUCAGUUCACACACUGAAUAGCCUUAUAACAGGGCUAGGCUCUGGCACUUGCCAAAUUCAAAUAUCAAAAACAACUGGCAAAUUUUAUUUUUCUUUGGCAAAAUUAUUUUGAUAAUAUAAUAAUAAUUGAUAUUUUGAGAGAAGGUAUAGAGAGUAAUACAUGUGUGGCCGGUUGAUACCAUUUAUCACACAAGGAAUUGUUUUAAAAUGUAUCCAACAAGCGAAAGCGAGUUUGAUACAUUGUUAAACGAGUUGUGAGAUAAAUGGUAUCUAACGGACACGAAUGUAUUAUUCUAUU